CAGAUGACCAACUCCUAGUUUUGCUGAGGCAGAAAAACAGGGGUACAGCUGCAAUUAUUCAACACGUCAACACGAUUUCCUAAUAACUCAUUGAAGUAAUCAAACACAACAUGUGGAAACUCAAACUCCCGACACUGGUGACAUUAGCUGUGUGUUGCUGUGCAGCUGAAUCAGCGUCAUGGAGUGACCGGGCGCCACUGAUCACACAGUAUGGCUGUGAGGGACUGCCUCUAUCCCUGACUUGCCGCAAACCUCCUCCUGGGAGAAUCAUCUGGUUUAAAAUAACUGACACAAAGCAAGUUAUGCAAAUCACACCUGAUCACAGGAUAAAAAUAGACGUGAAAGGAACACUUCAGUUUUCUUCUGUGAAUGUCAAGGAUACUGCAGUAUAUAAGUGCGGUGUCUCGAUAAAGAGUACAAUAACGCUUGGAAGUCCGGUCAACUUGAAAGUCAUAAAAGUUUACACCUCGUUCUGCGAUAAUGAGAUCACCAAAACGGUCGGACAAUCAAAUCCUUCCAGAACCAUCAAGACUAUGUUUGAGAAGGAUCUAUCUGCCGGCAAGCCAGGCAAUCGCUACGCAGUCCACCUCAUCUAUGGAGAAGGGCGAUGA